AAUAAAAGAAACAGGCUGUUCAACUGGAAUUCCCGAUAUUAUUUGUUUAGGUUUCGGUUUUCUGUGGUAUGGCGUAUGUUGUAUAGAAAUAAAUACAGUUGAUCUUAUCAGUUGAGAAUCAGUCCCGGGAGGAGCAAAAUCCGAAGGGGGCUCUUUACGUUUUUCUGUUUUCUACUCUAGAAUCAAUCCCAGAAACCUCCAAAGUAGAGCGUAAAGUGUAAUCGUUCCAUAAUGAUAAUGAAUGCAUUUUGAGAAAUGACACAAUGGACUGUCAAUGAGUCUAAUGGUAUGUGCUAGGAUGAGGCCUGCUAAACAAAUCAAAGUUAUAAGAUCACAGUUGGAAAUAUUAGGGGACUUUAAAGACCAGGUUGAUGAUCUCCUUAGAUGCAUAUGUACGGUUCUUCAAGUCGGAGAAUAUUGGCUAGAAGAAAGAGACAAUAAAACUUUCACUGACAUUUAUCAGUUUCUGACCAAUCAAACAGCCGAAUGCAUCAGCAAAUGUUCCUCUAUUCCAUAUGGAAGCGAAGACGACUGCCAAGCAGCUGACACAACUGAACCAUGUGAUACUCCAGUAAUGAUUCCAAUUUUGAAAGAUGACAAAGAGCCAAGUCAUAUUUUACUUAGAAUUGAAAGCAUGGAGAAUUCUGUUACAGCUAAUUGCAAAAGAAUUAAAACUUUGAAUCAAAAGUUUAAAGAGCGCGAAAAAAACACAAAGGAAAAUUUUGCAAAGGCACAAGAGAAAACGGAACGAAAAUUCGCUGAGAAAUACGAAAAGAUAAUGGAAGAGUUUCACGCUGCUAGCAGUUUUAUGUUAAAUUUAAAAAAACAAACAGAGUCAUUGUCUCAACAAAUUUCUGAAAGGGCAAUAACUGAUAGUCAGCAAGAAGAAAAAGAGAGAAACAUUUUUGUUGAAUUUGAUGAAAUGAAAGCAGAAAUAUCAAGAACCACUGAAGAACUAACUCAUUUAAGAUCCCUUAAUGAAAAACUAUCAAAUAAAGUGAUUGGAAAUGAAAAGAGAAUAUGUGAUUUAUGCAUUUCUUUUGAGAAUGAAACUCUUUUAAAAAGUGAGCUAAGCUCUGCUCAAAAUACUGUGAAAAUCGACAAGGAAAUGGAGGGCAAAUGUAAUGACCAGCUGAAAGAUAUUGAGGAUAAACCUCAUUCUGCUAAUGCUUUCACUUUAGAUAUGCAGUCAAUGACAUGCCAAGUGCAAGAAUUACAGAAGAACUUUUGUCUAACAACUCAGAUGAUAGAUCCAUUAAAACAAGACGUUUCUGAUAUUUCAACUGUCGUCACAAAAUUGAAAGCGUCUCUAGAUAGUUUAGUUGAUGAGCAAGGGAAAAAACUAAGUGACCAUGAAGAUAAGGUAUAUGGGCAGUUUGUUCAAAUGUCACAGGAGAUAAAGGACUUACAUCAGCAUGUCGGCUUUUAUGUAGAUGUUGAUUCAAAAAAAACAAUGAAUUUAAGAGCUACAAGAAAUUUAACCUGCUUUGAUCAUGAGCUGUUUAAUGAAGGCAAGCACUUUAAUCUAAGGACUGGAAUUUUUGUUGUCCCAUGCAGUGGUUUAUAUUUGUGCAGCUUGAUAUUGGAAAUAGACCAAGAUAAUGACAUAGAAUUUAAUAUCCACGUGAAACCAAAGUUUGAAAAAGAAACUAUUAAAGGUAUAACUCAUCUUAAAAAUAAAGAUACAAUUGCUUCUGUGGCUUUUCCCAUAGAUUUAAACAAAGAGGAUAAGAUGUAUAUUAGACCAAUUAAGGAUUGUUUCAAUUUAAACAUCAGCCAUACGUCAUAUUUUGCUUGCGUAUUAAUCAAAAAGUUUUUCCGAGUUGAAACUUUACAUAAAUGAAUUCAAUUAUCUUACUUCACUACUAUAGAAUCAUCUAUGCUUCUUAUAUUUUACUAUAAUUAUUGAUAUCUCAAAUUUUUCUUCUUGACAGUAAUUAUUAUAAUAAUUUUUAUUAAUACUUGUAAGCUUUAAAUAUAGGUUUACUGAAGUGUUAUAUCUAUUGCUAACGAAAAGAGAUAUUUUGUUUUUUAUUUUUACAAAGCUUAUAUCAACUCUCUGUCUGUCUGUAUGUAAAGAGUUUGUAUAAUAUCAUUCUCCCAAACCUAAUCUCGGAUCACGCUGAAAUUUGGCACAAUUAUUUCUUUUACCUGACAACACAAAAAUAAAACACAAUUAACCAAUUAGUGAAUUAACUAUUGGUAAUAAUUAUUUUGUUUGGUAACUUGAACAAGGGAAUUAAAUCGUGUAAGUUUAAUUUGUCCUUAGAUACUCUUGAGCGCUGAUAAUGCAUUAAAAAAAAGAUCAUGCAAACAUUCACCAAGAUAACCCCCUUCUUCCCUCCCCCUUUUCACAACUGGCCCAGACAAGAGAUAGGAUCCUAGCGCAUUGAGAAAGCUAAAAGAUAAACAAACUCAAUUGGUUAAAACUAUUUCUAAUCGCUCAGAUGUAUUAUGUCUAGUUCCGCCACACAUAUAAUUACACAACUGAUCCAAACUAAUUGAUACAAUUAAUAUUAAAAUAAACUUUACUUUUCUAAAAAAAAAAAAAAA